UAUAUAUAUAUCUCUUUCUUGUGCCCCACAAAAAUUUUUGGUUCAACCCUUUGCAAGGAAAAGAUUAGGCCAAUUUCUUGCUUCUUAUUACCCUUUAGAGAGAGAGAGAGAAGGAAUGGAUUAUGGAGGAAAGAUUGGUGGAAGUGAAAGAGGUGGGCCUUGUGGUGCCUGCAAGUUUCUGAGGAGAAAGUGUGUGAAGAGUUGCAUUUUUGCACCAUACUUUGACUCAGACCAAGGAACUGCACAUUUUGCUGCAGUUCACAAGGUGUUUGGUGCAAGCAAUGCCUCUAAGUUACUCAUGAGAAUCCCUGCACACAAGCGUCUUGAUGCUGUUGUUACUCUUUGCUAUGAGGCUUUGGCUAGGGCUAGAGAUCCUGUUUAUGGUUGUGUUGGUCACCUCUUUGCUCUUCAACAACAGGUUAUGAACUUGCAGGCUGAGUUGACCUAUGUUCAAGCCCGUUUGGCCACAAUGCAGCGCAUGCCAAUGGCAGUAGCUCCUCUUCCACACCCUCAAAGUUCAUCACCACAAACUCUUCCUUCCUCAGAUCAUUUGGCAUCAAAUGCUGAAAUGCAGAGUGUCCCUAUGAUGCAGUAUGAUCCUCUUCAACCACAUUCAGCAUCAUUAGAGUUAAGCAGCAUCCUUUUCAACCAAUCAGAUCAACAGCUGGAGGAUAGGGAACUCCAAACUUUGGCUCGAGAAUUUGUCACCAAAUACUUGCCCGGAGUAAGAUUCCAGCAAUCUAACUCUCCCUAA